CUACCAGACACCGGUGAGUUAAUAAGCCUCAACGUGUGAGCUAUUGUAAGCCUCAGAAGGAUUUGGCUUUGUGAAAACACAUUUUUGCUUUGAACUAUCGUUGUUUUGAUGGUCAAGAAGCGGGUCUUGACUGUUGACUUAUUUUCCUGUGAAGAAAGGCUGCAUUGACAAGCAUCUGCCACACAUGCAUGAAAGUGUCCGCUGCUGGUGCUGCUGGUGCUGCUGGUGCUGCUGGGGCUGCUGGUGGACGACUUCGCAUUGUUUCUCGGCUUGUUACACAGCCCCGGGUCUCUCUUUACAGCAGAGUUCAGAAUUGCACUACAAUGUCUGCGGUGGCUUCUCUGCUGUGAGCACACAAAGGUUAUGCUGCCCAAAAGCUGUCUGAGUCCCAGUGAGAAAGAGAAGGGCUAAAGCCUCACCGAUCCAAAACAGCUUCCCAAAGCCUCUCCAGCAGCGAUUCCACUGUGGGGCCAUGAGCAACCCCAGCGCUCCCAACCAGAUAACGGAUGCCGUGGCAUCAGUUAUUCACAGUCCAGAGAAUCCUGCUGCUUCAUCACUACACGUGACUCCGCGCUCUGAUGAGGAGGAUGAAGGGGACUUGAACAAAGCCUUGGGGGUCCAGCGCUUCCAACAGAUCCUCAGCCCCGCUGCCGCUGUACCUGAUGACCAACACCACAACUACCAUGAGGAGGACAUUGAAUACAACCGUCACUCCUCUCACCACAUCCACCGACCUCUGUCCAAACUGCCCUCUGAGGGACGCAGGAAGAAAAGCAGCAAGAAAAGGAGAAAGGACAAAGAUCACAAAAGCAGCCAUGUUCCCAGCAGUGGCCCCAUAGAGGAGGGAGAGGAUGAAGAGGAAGAGGAGGAUGAGGGGAUGGUGACUUCUGCUCCAUCUGAGUCCGAGAAAGUCAAAGAUGUAGAGUUCUUCCUUUCAGACGAAGACCAUGUGGCCAAACGUGGCAAAGAGAGCCCUCACUUGGCCCGUAAGCUGGAAAUCGUGCCACAGUCUGCGGAGGGAGCAGCUGCUGAAGAUGCAACUUCAUCAGAUAAGCCAGCCUUAUUCGACACUUCCAGCCCCUCUACUCAGUCAGUGCCAGCUGAACACAUACCACUAGCCCGUGUGUCCUCUGCCAGCCGCAGCUACGACCUGCAAGAGCGCAGACGUACAGGCAACAUGACGGGUGCUGAGCAGGCCAAGUACCAGCGCAUCCCUACUGACGAGAGCGAGGCUCAGACGUUGGCCUCUGCUGACCUAGACGGCAUCAAGAGUCAUCGUUUUGAAGAUGUUCCCGGUGUGCGCAGACACCUGGUCAGAAAGAGCACCAAGGGACAAGUGGUGCACACGGGCAAGGACCACAAAGAGCCGACCACUCGCAGUCGUAAGCAGGACCGAACCCCUCAUGAGGUGUUUGUGGAGCUGAACGAGCUGACUAUGGACAAGAACCAGGAGAUGCAGUGGAAGGAGACAGCUCGAUGGAUCAAGUUUGAGGAGGACGUAGAGGAGGAAACUGACCGCUGGGGGAAGCCUCACGUAGCCUCGCUUUCUUUCCGCAGUUUGCUGGAACUCAGAAAGACCAUCUCACAUGGUGCAGUGCUGCUGGACCUGGACCAGAAGACCCUGCCUGGCAUCGCCCACCAGGUGGUGGAGCAGAUGAUCAUUUCUGACCAGAUCAAAGCUGAGGACCGAGCCAAUGUCCUAAGAGCCCUGCUGCUGAAACACAGUCACCCAAGCGACGAAAAGGAGCACAGUAGCCCUUUCCCCAGGAACAUAUCCGCGGCCAGCCUGGGCAGCCUGAUAACACAUCACAAUAGUGCCAAUCACACCCAUCAGCCAGAACCGUCUGUGACCGACCCACUCAUUGGCACCGUCUACGCCUCGGGGGACAUGGAAACAUGCAUCGAUAUGGAGACGAACGAUGUACAGCAGAAGGAGCCGACCUUGGUGUCCGGUAUGCAUCGGUCCAAAUCCAAACAUGAGCUAAAGCUGCUGGAGAAGAUUCCUGAAAAUGCUGAGGCCACUGUUGUCCUUGUGGGCAGUGUGCACUUCCUGGAGCAGCCCACCAUGGCAUUUGUGCGUCUGCAGGAGGCUGUGGAGCUGGAGUCUGUCCUCGAGGUCCCUGUUCCAGUCAGGUUUCUCUUCGUUCUGCUGGGACCCCCCACCACCAGCAUGGACUAUCACCAGAUAGGACGCUCCAUCUCCACACUUAUGUCUGACAAGCCAUUCCACGAGGCGGCUUACCUGGCAGACGACAGGCAGGACCUGCUGAACGCAAUCAACAGCUUCCUGGACUGCAGCAUCGUGCUGCCCCCUUCAGAGAUGGGAGGGGAUGAGCUGCUGCGCUCCGUCGCUCGCUUUCAGAGGGAGAUGCUGCGCAAGAGGGAGGAGCAGGGGGUCAAACUGGCAAAGGAGCCUAAAAGCCAUCAAGAAAAAGAGGCCCUCCUCACACCAUUGAAAAAGUCAGACGACCCUUUAAAGCGCACCCGACGCCCCUUCGGUGGUCUGAUACGAGACGUGCGGCGCCGUUACCCAAAGUACCUCAGUGACUUCAAGGACGCCCUGAACAGUCAGUGCAUGGCUGCCGUUAUCUUUAUCUACUUUGCAGCUCUCUCUCCAGCCAUAACAUUCGGAGGCCUACUGGGUGAGAAGACAGACGGUCUGAUUGGUGUUUCUGAGUUGAUUGUGUCGACAGCAGUGCAGGGUGUGAUCUUCUGCUUGCUUGGAGCGCAGCCGCUACUCAUUGUGGGCUUCUCUGGACCCCUGCUGGUCUUUGAAGAAGCCUUUUACAGUUUCUGCAAAGCAAACGAAAUGGAAUACCUGACGGGCCGGGUAUGGAUCGGGUUUUGGCUGGUCAUCAUCGUGGUUGUCAUGGUGGCCUUCGAGGGAAGCUUCCUGGUCCGCUUCGUGUCCCGCUUUACCCAGGAAAUCUUCUCCUUCCUCAUCUCCCUCAUCUUCAUCUGCGAGACCUUCAUCAAGCUCGGCAGGAUUUUCAAGGAGCACCCGCUGAAAAGUUGCCCCUUGAACAACGGCACAGAAGGGGACGCCUUGAAAGAAAAUAUCACACUUCUAAGCAACAGCACCCAGCCAGUGACGGUCCAAAACCAGCCCAACACUGCACUGCUCUCUCUGGUUCUCAUGGCCGGAACGUUUUUCAUUGCCUUCUACCUGCGCAAAUUCAAGAACAGUGCAUUCUUCCCUGGAAGGUUGCGCAGGAUUAUUGGAGAUUUUGGCGUCCCGAUUGCCAUCCUCAUUAUGGUCCUGGUGGAUUACAGUAUAAACGACACAUACACACAGAAACUGAGCGUUCCUCAUGGUUUCUCUGUGACGAGUCCCAAUAAACGUGGUUGGAUCAUCAGUCCUCUGGGUACCAACGGUCAAUUCCCCAUCUGGAUGAUGUUUGCCUGCUGUUUACCCGCUCUGCUGGUGUUCAUCCUCAUCUUCAUGGAGACUCAGAUCACCACCCUGAUAGUUAGUAAGAAGGAGCGGAUGCUGGUGAAGGGUUCUGGUUUCCAUCUGGACCUGCUGCUGAUCGUGGUGCUGGGCGGCAGCUUGGCUCUGUUUGGCCUUCCGUGGCUGGCCGCCGCGACAGUUCGCUCGGUGACCCACGUCAACGCCCUCACUGUCAUGAGUAAAGCUGUUGCCCCCGGAGACAAGCCUCGCAUCCAGGAGGUGAAGGAGCAGAGGGUCACUGGGCUCCUAGUGGCCGUCAUGGUUGGUAUGUCCAUUGUGAUUGGUGACCUGCUGCGUCAGAUCCCCCUGGCGGUGCUGUUUGGUAUCUUCCUCUACAUGGGUGUGAUGUCCCUUAAUGGUAUCCAGCUAACAGAGCGGAUGCUGCUGCUGCUCAUGCCACCAAAGUAUCACCCUGACCACACCUACGUACGCAAGGUUCGCACGCUGCGGAUGCAUCUGUUCACCUGCAUCCAGGUGGUGUGUUUGGCGGCUCUGUGGGCUGUAAUGUCGACACAAGCGUCACUGGCUUUCCCCUUCGUCCUCCUCCUCACCAUACCAGUCAAGAUGUUCCUGCUGCGCCGCAUCUUCACCACCAGAGAGAUGGCCUGUCUGGAUGCGGACGAAGCGGAGCCGAAGUUUGACGAACGUGAGUGUCACGAUGAGUACUCAGAGAUGCACAUGCCUGUGUAACUUGCAACAAGGCCUCAUAUCACCACUUAACUCCUCUUAUUGGACACCAAAAAUGUGUCAAUCACGCUACCAGCCAAUGAGAUCCAUAGUCCUUUAAACUUGAAACAAUCAUGAGUUGAUGCCAAAUCACUGUGCACCCCUCUUUAUUAUCACUGAGACAUGAACGUACAACAUGUUGAAGGUGUGAUUGGUUGUUACUUUGGUCCAACUUAACUAUUUAGGUAGCUUUUUAUCAGAUUGUUUGGGACUUUUUUUUGCCGGUUUACAUCACUAAAUAUUUUAAUCUAACUGAGGAAAUCAAAUAGUUAACAGAGUGUGUUCACUCAUGAUUUACUUUUUUAAAUAUAUAUUUCAGGGGACAGGAGAAUCCAAAUCAAUUGAUGUGAUCUCAAGCCCAAAUUAAAUGUGAUUACAGUAGAUAGAUUUGCAAGACUAAUUCAUUUUUAUCCCUGAAAGGUUGCUCUGAUUCACAUUGAAUAUGUGGAGGAAAUAUGGGGUACAUUCUUUUAUAUUAGCACGCUGAGUUACCGCUGUUCAAGUUGGUCACUUUUGUCAUUUAUAAACUCACCUAGAGCCUUAUAAAUUAAAAAGGUAUACCGAGUUUUUUUCCACAUUCUGUCUCAUUUUAGACAGCUGAUCACUUUAACUGCCUCCUGAAGCUCAUAGCACUUUUUUAAGACUGAACAAUGACUGUAUUUUAUGUACAUGUAAUCAUUUUAUGUUUUUAGAGUCCUUUUUAAUUCCCUUAAUAUCAAUAAUUUAAUUAAUUUUUAUUUUAGCUUGUCUUUUAACUCACCGGCCGUGGGAGCUCUAGCAGGACUGUAACGAUGGCAUAACAAAACAUAAAAAACUGUACUAGAAAUUAUAAUUUAUCUUUACACUAAUGGCGUGGCAUCAUGUUUCUAAUCAUAACAGAAAAUUAACACGGUGGCAUAAUAUAUACUCUUAAUCGUUGCCACGCACAUGUUUAGGGCAGAAUGUUAUCGUGUAGAGUUUGUAUCACUUGGUGUGUUUAUUGGAAUCCCAGUAAUUUAUUGGUUCCUCUGUCCAAGUGCCAAAUGUCUCGUAUUUAGUGAUCAGAAGAAUAAGCUGCAGUUCAGUCAUCUCACAUCUCCUAGCAAUGUUUCUUGAAGAAGUUUCAGCAUAAAUUGACAUUUCAUAGCCUAACAUUCCUUGUGUUAUCAUAAUUUAGCUUUUUGGGGGGGGGGACUAAUUUAAACAUUUCAUUCACGCUCAUGUUGUGAACUUGCCUGGUCGACCAAAUUUGUAUGGACAAUCUCAAUAUUCACGCAUUACUGAGAGUGACUGCUUUUGAAAAUAUACAUACAGUAUGUUGUUUUUGUUUUAUGUCAUGUUGGGUCGGUGUGACAUGGAUUGGUUAAAUCUUUGACCGUGUGAAUGAACUUAAAUUGUCAGUCCUCUGUUCCUCUCAAGUGUGUGUAUUUGAGACACUACUUCUCCCUCUGAACUUUCCCAGCCUGACUGUCAUUGUGAUCUUGUGCCUGUUUGGUGACAAAAUGGUGCACAACAUCUCAAGUGCCUGUGGGACCAUGAAGUGAUCCGCUACAACUCAGUUGUGUUUGUCAGGACAACACACGUGUUACAAUAGUUUGCACUUUUAAGACGCUCAUAAAUUAAACAUCUUUACGUUAUUUAUCUGUCGCAAAAUAUAAGGCAUUAUUGCUGUUUUUGAAGAUGUAUUAUUUGUCACAUCACAAAACCAUUUUUCUUUUUUUUUUUUUAUAUAAAUGUACACACACACAUUUGGCUGCAUCAUGGCCAUGCACAUUGAAGGAAGUCGGCAGUGUCAGUUUUAUGUUUGUGCCUGUGGAUGAAGUGAAGCUGGUCUGUGUCUGUCAACGUUGUAAAAUGCGGAUUCAAUACGUCGUUUCAUUUCAAAAGCAAUACAAAGUCCGAGAGGCUAUUGCUGAUGUUCCCUUGUACAUUAAAGGUUGAAAUAUUGAUGACAAAUAAAAGUUAUUUUCUAUUUA